AUGACGAGUAAUAAUACUACUACUGCUGCUACAAUGGAACUAAAGAGUAUAUUGGAUAGAUUGGUCAAGUUAAAGAUUGAGAAUGCUCCCAAUACUAAUACAACUCCAACUCCUCAAACCCCUCCUUCUUCUUCUUCUUCUCUUGUCAAUAACAUUGGUAACUCACACAAUAGUACUACCACAAUAGUAGACACUACUCCACCAAAGAAACAACAACAAGAAGAGAAUAGCAAUAGUUUCUUUAGUAAUGACAAUGUGAUCAUCAGUCAUUUAAAUAGUCACAGUAAAUCAAGUAGCGGUAGUGGUAGUGGUAGUAAUAAUAACAAUAAUAGAUCAUCAUCAUCAUCAUCAUCAUCGAGUCAUACUCAUCAUAACCAUCAUAAUCAUCAUCAUAAAGGGAAAUCAACUUUAAAUAACAACAAUAACAAUAAGAAAUAUAAUAAUAUUAAUAAUCAACAUAAUCAAAAUAAUCAAAAUAAUAAUAAUAAUAAUCAACAAGUAGUAUCAUUGAAUAAUCAACAACAAUUAGAACAAGUAAACUUGAUACUAAAUGAAACUAUUCAACUAUUUAAUAGUAAUUCUUCAUCUUCUUCAUCUUCAUCUUUAUCAACGACGACAACAAAUAAUACAUCAACUAAUAAUACAAUAGUUGAUAGUUCAGUUUCUACUGUUAUUGGGAAUGGAGAUCAAUAUUUAUCUAUAUUUAUUCAAUUAUCACAAAUUAUACCAUCACAAGGUAUCAAUAUGGAUGGAUGGAGACAAGAGAUUGCUAAAUUCUUUCAAUUGGUAACAUUGGUUUGUAGAAAUCUUCAACCUUCACUUGCUCAACACUCUGAAUCGAUUCAUCAUCUAUUGGUAUUCUUUAUUUCAAUUAUUACUAUCACUAAUAACGUUGGUGGUACUGCUGCUAAUGCUAGUCCAUCCUCUCCAUCUGGAUCACCUGGUGGUGGACUGGUUGGUAGUAACAACUUUCAAAUACGAAUUGAAUGUCUAAGAGCUUUAUCAUCGCUACUCUAUAACAAUGGUCCAAACAUUCCAACAAAACAUCAACAAUCAUUGAUCGAUCUCUUGCUACCCCUCAUCCCAAUCACCACCAACCUCAAUGCAAUCAGCCAACCACCCGACAUUAAUAUAUUGGCAACUGUUUCAAUUGGUAACCUAUGUAAUCAAUGUGGAGUCAAACUAUCUAAAUUCUAUCCAUCCAUCUUUGAAAAGUUAUACUCUAAUCUUGAAAAAUUAUCAUUACAAUUGACAAAUGAUAAAUUAAUUACAAAGUUUUGUUGUAGUACACUUAGAUCAAUUCAAUUAAUAACCAAUCAAUCAAAGGGUAUCAUUGAUAGUAAAGCAAUUCAUUUAUUGAAUAUUUUAAAGAAAUUAAUGUUUUUUGGAACAAACAUUAAUCCAAAUGCAAUGUUACCAUCUCAAUUACAUACGGUCGAACCUAUUCAAACACGAUACAUCCCAAGAAAGAAAAAGAAUCAUUAUGAUUCAGAUGGAUUGUCUAGUUCAGACUCUGAUGUAGACGAGCGGGCAACUCUAUCGAAAAUACGUGUCUCUUCACUCAAUCUCUUACAAGCGAUUGUAAAGACAUCACCAAAGCUAUUUUUUGGAUACUGGACUCAAUUCCUUCCAUCUUUAUCCUUUCUCACCAUUCCAUCUAUAUUUACAUCGAUUAUUCAUGACCCCGAUUACAGAGCCAAACAAACUUCUAUCAUUCUUUUGGGAACCAUCUUUGAUAAUACCAAAGAUCAUUUAUCAACUCUUUUUAUUAGUCCUCCAACCAAUAGUAGUAAUAGUAAGAAUACAACAACUCAAAAAUCAUCUUCAUCAUCAUCCUCUUCGUCAACGUCAUCAUCAACAUCAUAUACAUCAUUUUCACAAACACUUGUAUCAAUGAUCAAAGAGACACACAAGGGUUUACUUGCAGUCUUGGAGGCUGAAAAAAAUUCUCAAUUGGUACCUCUUAUCCUCAAAUCCCUCUCUAUUCUCAUAAACAAUACACCCUACAACAAGUUAGAUGAUGAUAUGUUACCUUUACUAUUGAUUCAAAUUUCAUCUCAUCUAAGAGAUAAUAAUAAUAAUAAUAGUAACAAUAAUAAUAAUAAUAAUAAUAAUAAUAUGAAUGAAAUGUCAAAUAAUAUCAAUAUUCCAGCACUUCAAUGUAUAGAAAAUAUACUUCAAACUGAACCACCAACCAAUAGUAAAUUGGAAAUAUCGAAAAUAUUAGAUAUACAACAACCAAUUAUUACCAUUUUAACUAAUCUUUGUAAUAAUGAUUUACAUGUUAAAAUGCAAGCAAGAUCAUGUCUAUGUGCUCUCACCAAAUAUUAUUUCCCAUCACUUUGUCAAGUUUAUUCUACCAUUUUAAAUGACCUAUUUGGUACACUUUCAUCACAAACUCAAGAUCAAACUUCAAGAAUUCAAGCAUCAAGAAUAUUAGAAGAAAUUUCAAAAACUAUGGAUGAAUAUGGAAAAUCUUCAAUUAAAUUUGAUAAUAAUUUUGAAAAAGAAUAUUGGGAUUAUUUUUUUAAAUCUUUAACUAAUUUAAUAGAAGAUUCAUUACCUCAAAUAAGAGCAUCCAUUUGUAAUUGUCUAUCUCAUUUACCAUCUCAUAUUUUCUCAAGUUUACCUACAAGAUUACAAUUACAUUGUGUAACUGUUAUUUUAGGAUUAUCAAAUGAUGAUUCAUAUGUUGUAAGAGCAUCAUCAUGUCGUACUAUUGGAAUGUUUGUAAAGAUUGAAUCGUUGAGUGACGAUACUACCUUUUUAUCAAAGGCGGCUAGUUGUCUUUACAAAUCAAUGUGUGACACUAAUGUCAAUAUAAAGAUAAAGGCGUGUUGGUCAUUGGCAAAUCUAUGUGACCAUCUUGUAUCGAUUAGAAAAGAUGAAGUAUUUAAUGAUAUUCCUACCUUGAUUCUCUCAAAAGUGGUAGAGGUGAUGUUAUUGGCAUCGUAUGAUAAUCCCAAAGUACGAAGUAAUAGUGUUCGAGCACUAGGUAAUUUUGCACGUUUUGCACCAAAGGAAUUAUUAUAUAAUACAACACCUGUAGAUAUUCAAGAUAUUAUUCAAAUGAUGAAAAUUAAUCAACAACUUCAUAAUCAAAAUAAUCAACAAAAUAAUCAAAAUAAUCAAAAUAAUAAUCAACAAUCACCACAAAAAGAUCUACAACAUCAACAAAAUAAUAUUCAAAUUGUAGAUCAAUAUGUAAAGAAUCAUGAUAAAUGUUUAUUGGAUAGAAUCAUAGAUUCAUUGGUAAUUAAUGCGGAGGAAGCAUCCAAUUCAUUCAAUUUUGUAAAGGUAAAGUGGAAUGCAUGCUAUGCACUUGGUAAUAUAUUUUAUAAUCCCGAUAUUAUAUUUGAUCUUGAUACUCCACCACAAUGGCUCCACUCUAUCUAUGGCACACUCAUUCAAUUGAUCACUACCUGUAAAAACUACAAAAUCAAGAUCAAUGCCUCUGCAGCAUUGGCAACACAAGUUCACUCUCGAUGUCAAUAUGGAAAGGAUUAUAGAAUCAUUCUAGACACUAUUCUACAAUCUCUAACAAAUGUAAAUACUUUAAUCGAUCAUACCGAAUAUCAAUAUAAAGAUAUUUUAGAGAAACAAUUGGGAAUAUCAUUAAUUCAUUUAAUUGGAGAAAUGAAACCAAAUGAAAUCUCUUCAUUUAUGGAUUUGAUUGUUGGUAACCAUAUUGUCUUGUACGAUACAUUUUCAAGAUUAUCAAUUGACUUGAUUAAACAAAAGGAAAAGGAUCAGAGAGGAGGAGGAGGAGGAGGAGGAGAACAUCAAGAAAGACCAUCAGACAGUCGACCAACCAACAAAGAGUUUGCUAAUGCCAUUGAAACCAUUAAAUUGAUUUGUGACACUUUGACAAACUCUAGCCAGAACUUGGAUGCAUCCAAUAAUAAUAAUACUGCUGCCAUUGUCAAUCGUUUCAAAUCACUCUACGGUGAAACAAAUAACUCUCACUAUUAUCAAAGUGAUGAUAAACGUGUAUUUGAUUCAGUUUCAAUCCUUUUACCUUAA